CUGUUACAACAAGACAUUACGCAGCUAUCUUGUAUAUCAAUGCUGCGCAACUAAAUUAAAAACCUAUUUUUGGUUAAGUUGCCUAAAUUAGCCCAUAGUUUUAGUUUGGGCGUAAAGAAUUCAUUGCAUGAAUCAAAUCUCUUAUACUACGCCGUUUAUUUGCGCAGUAAUGAAAAAAGUUUAUAAAUUAAUUCCUUCGAGAUAUUAUCAAAUUAUCAUUCUUUAAUUUUAAAUUAAUUCAUUUAUUUAUUUGAAAGUUUUUUUUUCCUAUCAUUUAUGAGUUCAUCACUAUCCUCAAGAUUUUUCGCUGCUCUACCUUUGAACGUAACAUUCGAUGAUGAUAUCAAAGAAUACAUUUCUAAUGUAUUAGCAGAUAUCGAAGGUGCUGAUUCGCUGCGUGAGGCUACCGAACAAUUCUUAAUUGAUGCCGGUAUAGAAAAAUCCGACUUAGAUUCUUUUUAUAACAAAUUUUCCUACGACUCUACGGAUUCAACCGAUACUACUUCGGAAAUUGGACCUGAAAAAUUACCGGAAGAAGUUGUUACUAAGUUAGACCAGUUAAAUUUAUCGACACCUACCUCUGAUACGCAUACUGCUUCCUCAAUUGGCAAGUCUGGAAAGAAAUCCGUCAAAACCACUGGAAAACAAUCCACAUCAACUAAAGCACAAAAAUCCGUUGUAGAUGAUUCGGAAAUCAUUGCAUACUCUCAACAAUCAAGAUUUCAUACUGAAACCUUAGAAACUUUAUCAAAAGAGGUUGAUUUAAAAGAUGUUAAUAUUACGGUCGGUAGUAAAGAAUUAUUAGUUGAUGCAAAAUUACAAUUAAAAACUGGUGUUCAUUAUGGUUUAGUUGGAAGAAACGGAACUGGAAAAUCAACACUUCUUAAAUGUAUCGGUAGUGGAGUACUUGUCGGAUUUCCUAGAAACAUUCGAGUUUUAUAUAUUGAACAAUUGGAAAAUGUAGAUGAAAAAGAAAAUGUUGCUCAAGUCGUUCUUAAAGCAGAUAAAGAACGAACUCUUUUAUUAAAUGAAAAACAAGCUCUCCAAACUGCGUCAGAAAGUGGAGAUUCGAAAAAGAUUGAAUCUGCUGUUAAACGUAUUAGAGCUGAAAGACUACAAAGAGAAUUAGAAGAAGCUCAAAAAAUUGCAACUCUACGAAGUGGUCGUAGAGGUGCUGAAGCAAGAAAAGAAUUGUUGGAUGCUGAAGCUAGAGUAGCUGAAGCUCAAAAAGCAUUGGAUGAUAAAGGUGAUAAAGAAAAUCAAACCGAAGAUUUUACUGCGGUGAUUUAUGAACUCUUAGAGGAAGUGUAUACAAAACUUGAACAAAUUAAUGCUGAUUCUGCUGAAGCAAGAGCUCAAGAAAUUUUAUCCGGUCUUGGAUUUUCUGAAAAGCAGCAAUAUUCUCCAAUGGCCUCGCUUUCUUCUCUUUCUGGUGGUUGGCGUAUGAGAGUAGCAUUAGCUCAAGCAUUAUUUUUACAACCAGAUAUUCUUUUAUUAGACGAACCUACCAAUCACUUGGAUUUACCGGCUAUUCUUUGGCUUCAAUCGUAUUUGAAUACUCUCAUUGACACUACCAUGGUCAUUGUUUCUCAUGAUCGUCGAUUCCUCAAUAAAACAGUCACCGAGAUAAUUCGUUUCAAAGAUGCCAAAUUAACUUAUCAUACUGGUAAUUACGAUGAAUUUGAGAAAAAUUUGGAGGAUGAACGAUUAAAAAAAGAAAGAAUGGCUGAAGCUCAAGAGAAACAAAAAAAGCAUAUAGAAUCUAGUAUUCAAAAGGCUCAAAAAAAAGCUAAAGAAAGUGGAGACGAUAAGCUUUUAGGAAUGGUUGCGAGUCGUAAGAAGAAACUCGAACGUUUCGGAAUGAAUAAAAGUGAGGAUGGAUUUCGAUUCAAAUUAAACAAGCAUAGAGUAGGAUAUUUUAAUGCAGCUCGUGAUGAAAUUGUAGUUGAAAAAGCGGAAACCUUAGUUAAUUGGAAUAUUCCAUCACCCGAACCAUUACGUCAUCACGGUGCUUUGUUACAAAUAGAAAAUGUUUCAUUCACUUAUCCUAAUAGCACCAAACCUGUCCUUAAAAAUGUGACACUUAACGUUGAAGAAGGCGCAAGAAUUGGUUUUGUUGGUGCAAAUGGUGAAGGUAAAUCCACUUUAAUGGGGUUACUUGCAGGCGAUUUAGAACCUACAAAAGGUACCGUAACAAGACAUCCUAGAAUGAAAAUUGGACACUUUGUUCAGCAUAACGUUGAUGCAUUAGAUUUGGACGUUUCAGCUGUUGCGUAUAUGAAAAAAAUAUAUCCUGAAAUUGAUGAACAUAAAGCAAGAUCUUAUUUGGGAGGAUUUGGAAUUUCCGGUGAUUUAUCAGUUCAAAAAAUGUCUUAUUUAUCUGGGGGACAAAAAUCUAGAGUUGCAUUCGCAUUACAAGUUUAUCAUGCACCACAUAUUUUAAUGCUUGAUGAAAUUACAAGUCAUUUGGAUAUGAUUACAAUUAAAACACUUGUAGAAGUUUUAAAUAAAUUUGAAGGGGCUGUUAUUAUUGUUAGUCAUGAUAGAUGGUUUGUUGAUAAUGUUACUAAAAAAGUUUAUGCCGUAAGGAGAGGAAGAGUUGAAGAGUUAAUAGAAAAUGGCGUGCAACAAUAUGUUAACGAUGUUGCAAGAGAAAUUGGAGUUGAUGCUGAAGAAUUGGAUGACUAAAAAUAAUAUGUUAAAAUUUUUGUUAGAAUUUUAUAAAUUAAGAUUAUUUAAAUUAAAAAUUAAAAUUAUGAUUUUAUGUAACAUUAAAUUAAAAUUAAUUGCUUCCUACUUUUUUUCUUUUCUUUUUUUAUUUUAAGAAACUAACAUAAACUAACUAUUGAACUAUUAUUGAUUUAAGAUAGUCAAAAAAUUAUGAAUUAUGUUAAUAAAAUAUGGUCUUAAAAAUAAGGUUUUAAAAUUUAUCGUGAAGUGCAUGCGCUGCGUAUUCUAAAAAUAAGUGGUAAAAAAGGAUCUCAUUAUCAUAAUAUCACCGUCAGACAACUUCACCAACAAUCACCUGAUCAUUGUUAUUUCAUCGUCCCCAA